GGGCCGGUCCUGGGACAGUCAGACAGAGACGGCUGGUCCGGAGAAGGCAAAGUCGCGCACGCAACGACCAUUGCUUGCAGGAGCCAGGAUGCAGAGGACAAGCCUGCUGCUGUGUUUGGGGGUGCUCUUUUCCCUGUCCCACGCUCAGUCGGAUCCAGAGGAAGGCGGCGCCGAAGAGCAGGUGGAGCUCUUCACCACGCCCACCACAAAGAUGGCCGCCGCGACCUCUGACUUCGGCUACAACCUGUUCCGCCAGCUGGCUGCACGCGACCCAAAGGCCAGCGUCCUGCUGUCCCCUAUCAGCAUCUCUGCUGCACUCACACAGGUCUCAAUGGGGGCCUCCAGCCAGGCAGAGAAGCAGCUGUACCGGGUGCUACGCUAUCAUGCGCUGACGGACACCCAGCUGCACGACACCCUGAGAGACCUGCUGUCCGCCGUCCGUGCCCCGGGCAAGGGGCUAAACUCUGCCGCCCGCGUCUAUCUGGAGAGGAAGCUGCGUCUGAAGCUGGAGUACCUGAACGCGGUGGAGAAACAGUUCGGGGUGCGGCCCAAGGCGCUGACGGGCAGCUCCCGCGACCUGAAGGAGAUCAACGACUGGGUGAAGCAGCAGACGGGGAGCAAGGUGGACCGUUUUCUCACCUCCGCCCUCCCCCGAAACGCAGGCGUUGUCCCGCUGGGAGCCGCCUACUUUAAAGGUCAGUGGGUGACACGGUUCAGUCAGACCGGGAAGAUGAAGGACUUUAAACUGGAUGGGGCGGCACCCGUGCGCAUUCCCAUGAUGCAACAGGAGAGGUAUCCAGUGAAGCUAGGCAUCGACCCUGACCUUGGCUGCACAAUCGCUCAGGUACGGAUGCAGGGCGACAUCAGCAUGGUGUUCUUCCUGCCAGACGAAGUCACGCAGAACAUGACCCUCAUCGAGGAGAGCCUGACGGCUGAGUUUGUGCAAGACCUCUCCAACAUGCUCCACCCCGUCCAGGUUGACCUUGCCAUCCCUGUCCUCAAGCUUAGCUAUUCCACUAAUCUGCUCCCUCUUCUCUCCAACAUGGGUCUGUCCGAGUGGCUGGCCAAGACAGACCUGGUAAAGAUCACAUCUCAGGAAGCCAAGGUGAGCAGCCUGCACCACAAGGCGGUGAUGGAGACCGCCCCCGACGGCAGCCAAUCCCCCAGCUCCACUCCGCCCUCCAACGGGCAGUCGCUGGCCCUCACCUUCCACGUGGACCGCCCCUUCCUCUUCCUGGUGCGGGACGAACCCUCGGGGGCGCUCCUGUUCAUCGGGAAGGUGCUGAACCCGCGCGAUCUCAGCCGGGUGUGAGACAAAGCCGGCCCAUUUGACCAGCACAUACAAGCUCUGGGCCUGGAGUAUGCUACUCAUGCUAAAUGCAGGAAGCAGGACAGUACACACACACACACACACACACACACACACACACACACACACACACGUGCAUGUGACGAAACAUGCCACGCAGGGAAUCUCACACACACCACAUGUAAAUGGCCCAGUGAAAGGAAGGAUCAGUACCAUUGUGCAUUUGUAUUAUCAUAUAUGAAAAGCGUAACCUCCACACUUCGACAAGGCAAAGCCAUGCUGAUUGAAAAAAUUCAUUACCACUCUAGCCCCAUGUGACAACCAACAAAAAUGCAAACGUGUUCUAUUCAAAGGAAAAUAUGUCUAUGAAUACAUGAUGUACGGACAGCUAUAAAUUUACAAACCGCUCUGUGAAUUGAAACAAAGCUGUUGGUAUAAAAUACCUUCCCACAAUGCAUUGCUGAAUGAUAACAAAGCUCAUGUAAAAAGAUCAGAAAUGUAAUAAUACUAUGUAAUAAUGCUGUGUCUUUUGUACAUUUUAUGUGUCUCUAAAUUGUAUUUUUAAGUGAUACUGCUCUUCCCUGCAUAAAAUCAGGUCCCUGAAAGGCUCGUUUGAAAUAUAUUGCAAUACUGUGUCAACAAACUGCAAGCCAGAGGCUCAAAAAAUAUGGAAAACACAUUCAAUCCAAAAUGUGUCAAACAGAUACUGCCAAAACAC